AUGGACUCAUUACUCAGUCACAUCAGCAAAGUUCUCACUAGCUCCUGUCUCGGGUUUUCUGGCUCCGGCGCUGUAUCAUCGUCGACAUCGACUUCAAGUAGCACAUCUUCAGGUGUCAGCUCCACUAGUAGUCUACGGCACAACGGACCUACUGGCGGCGCGGCCAGUAGUAUUAUGGCUUUUCUAGGCGUAUCUCCGGCAUCCCUGGGCUGGGUCACUGGUGGAAGUGGCAUUGGCAAUGUGGGAGGAACUGGCUCGGGAGCUGCAAGCGGUGUGACUGGAACUGGGGGAAGUUGUAGCGGAGUCGGGGAUGCGCACGCCACGUCCAUAGCUGCUAUGUUUGCCAGUCAUUCCACUUACCAUCAGCAGCACCAAGCUUGGGGCCUGGCAGGUGCUUGUAUAGCAGGAGUGGGAGCUAGCCGAGCUGGCUGGUUGGGUCACUACCCUCGGCUUACUGCAGCGUCUCCAGCUGAAGGCCUAUUAUCCGUCAUCUGUGCUCCUCCUGAGGCCUCGACAGAGGCGCUUAUAGUGGCAUUGGCACUCAAGUCACUUGGCGAAUUCGAAUUUGAGGGUAAGUUGGUUACCAAUACGCUUUUUAUUUUAUUUUAUUUAUCGUUAUUUUCCUUAUCGAUCUAUGCUUUUUUGUCCUAUUUCCUAAGUAAUUCAGAAAAUAUUAUAUUUUCGAAGAUAUGA